AUGUCGACAAAAGUUCCCCCAGCAUUCAAGCCAAUCGCUCAUUAUAUUAAAAUCGCAAAUGAAAAUGCAAGUCGGGAUCCGGUCAUCUAUUAUUGGUGUAAGUUCAUGUUUUAAUUUUUUGGUUGAAAUUUAUUUUUUCUGUAGCAAUAAAAAUUGCGAAAUUUAGGAUUUUUACAUAAUCAAUAAGUAUAGUUGUUUCAUUGAAGACGAAUCUAUUCUUCAUAAUUAAAAAAAUACCUACAUUUUUUGAGCCAAGAAAUUGAAUUUUGGUGAUAUCUUCAAAAAACAUUCUUUGGCUUACAAAAAAUAAUUUUCUAUAAAAAUUUCUUUGUUAAAAUCGUCAAUCUAUCUCGAAAUCUUAUUUUUCACAGUCUUUUCUCGGUUCAGGUCUUUUCUAUGCUGUUCAAUCUGCAAUGCAACUCGAUAAAUCUUCUCCAGAAGCAUUGCAGUAUUUAACUGGAUUAUUGACCACAUUGGAAGCAAUCAAAAAACAAUUACAUGAUAAUGAAGCCAUCAAAAAUGAGGUAAGAAUUUACUAUCUACUGGUUGAAUUGUUUUGCUUUCUGAAAAAUCAAGUCCGCAGUUGAGCUUCAUUAUUUUUAACUAACUAAAAAUGAGUCUCAAGUUGAUUAGGAUUAACUGAAAAAAUUGUCCUAUUCAUAUAUUUUUAUAGACAAUUGGACAAGCACACAUCGAAGAUUUCGCAUUGAAAUUAUUCAAUUUUGCCGAUAACAAAGAAAAAGAGGGCAAGGUAUUUAUAAUCCACUUCUGUACGAGUUUCUCUAACUCCCAUGUUUUCAGAUCGAUAAAUCAGUUGUUCAUGCAUUUUAUACAGCUGGACAUAUUAUGGAUAUUCUUUCGUUGUUCGGCGAAGUUGAAGAACCAUUUUUGUCAUCGAAGAAAUAUGCAAAAUGGAAGAGUACCCAGAUUUUUGCAUGUUUGCGUGAUGGAACUCCAUAUGUUCCAAGCAGUGCGCAAGAAAAAACCGUGGAUGAUGGUGAGAUUUUUUGAUAAAUAAUUGUUUUUACGGAAUUUAUAAUAUUUCAGAGUUGGCCGAAUUUGGUGAACAAUUCCGAGGUGGAAAUCCUCCAAGUGGAGAAUCAAGUUCAAGUAAUCAACCACCAAGUUAUCCAUCAAUUGGAUUUGCUGGAAUUCCUCCACAAGGUGAGUAUUUUCUUCAAAAUUUCAAAUUCCUAAUUAUUCAAAAUAAAAAAAUUUGAAGUUCCUCAACCACCAAUUCGUAAUCAAAUUCCUCAUCAACCACCAGUUGUUGAACCAUUUUAUGAUGAUUCGAUUUCUAAACCAACUUCUUCUUCUUCAUCUGCUGGACCAACUUCUGCUGAAUAUUCUGAACUUCGAAAAUAUACCAAAUAUGCGCUAAGUGCAAUUGAUUAUGAAGAUGUCAAGGCAAUUCGAGAUAAUUUGUCAAAGGCCCUCGCCCUAUUGCAAAAAUAUUAA